AUGUCUAAGUACUCCCGUCAAGAGAAAGGGAAAUGGAUCCCCGGAACACCGAAGCCCAAGAAUCGUGUCCCGAUUCCAAUCCCACCUAGCAACAACCAGCCUCUCAUCGAAGACAACAAGCUCACUCUUAUCGGCAGAGUCACCAAUCCCACUGUUCAACGACCUAAAGCUCUGGUGGAAUUCAUGAUAGAGCACUGGAAUAUGGAGGCUAGGGCUUCCGGAAAGGAGAUUAGUCCCUCCCUCUUCAUUAUCCGUUUCCAGUCCGAAGACGACCUGCUAGCGAUUCUAAACAAGACCCCGUAUCAUUUCAAACGGUGGAUGUUUAUCUUACAACGCUGGGAACCAAUUGUCUCAGAUUAUUUCCCGGCUUUCAUCCCAUUCUGGAUAGACAUCCAAGGUAUUCCGCUACACCAUUGGAAUGAUCAAACCCUUCGUACUAUUGGGGCCGAACUAGGCUUUGUUGAAGAACGAGACGUGGAUAGAGGCCGAAUCCGUGUCCGUAUCAACGCUCUCGAACCGCUGGAGAUGAAGCUCCCUAUUCGACUUCCUUCAGGAGAAGUUACCACUGUCACCCUGGUGUAUGACAAACUGGAAAAGCACUGCUUCUCCUGCUUCUCCCUCUCACAUGAAGAAAGGGACUGCCCUAUCGCAAGAAUUGGUGGAGAUGGCUCCACCCGGGACUUAGGCACUAACCAGAGGCGCACUCUCACCCGCAUAGAGGAAGGUAAACUCCGACAGGAAGAUAGAAGGUACAACCGGACUACGAACCGGGAGAGGAGAGAGAGAUCCCCUGCUCCUCUUCCCAACUACUCUCGAUCCUCUCGGCUCUCUCCUCAGAGGACCCGUGACUCCUCUCAUGCUCCCUCUCGAGAAAGGAGUCGGGAUAGAAGCAGAGAUAUCCCUUCUCGUCACAGGGAAUACUCACCCAGGAACUCUUUCAACUCUGCUUCAUACCAUCGUCAUCAUCCUUCUGUUCGCCGUUCCCCCACCCUCCCUGUGAGUGCCGGUGUCUCUUCCAGAAGACACGGGGGGGGGUCUCCUCUCCUGAUCGAGCUCCCUCGCGGAAUUCCCGACUCUCUGGGCUUUCUCCUCGUCGGUCCAACAGAGGCCAAGCUUCCCCGCGACGCCACUCGUCCUCGGCACAGAGACACUCUGCUUCUUCUCGCCAUGAUGGAGUUUCACGAUCCCAUCCCGAUCCUAGGCGCUCUCCAGGUCGUACCCACGACUCCGCUAAAGGAGGGACCUCAAACUCCCUGCUGUCUACGGCCCUCCAACGUAAUUCGGACCCCUCACAAGUCCAAAGAAGACCAGCUAGAGAAAGACUUUCGGGUCUAA